UGUGUGUAGGCUGAAUAUAAAAGCGAAAGAAGCAAAUGUUCUCUGAUUCUACCCGCGCAUCUAGCACGCUAAUGCAGUUCAGCUGACGGUGUAAGAACUUCUGAUUUUGUGGGAUAUUUUACUUAACUAGGCAAUCAGCAGCAAGAUGGGAAAAGGAAAGCAAUUUUUGCUGUUAUUGUGGAAGAAUAUUAUCCUUCUCAAGAGAUCUCCAGUGCGAGCAUUCUUUCAAAUUUCGAUGCCACUCUUUUUUAUCAUAAUCCUUGUCCUUCUGAGAGCAUUUGUCAUCAAAGUGGAAAAUAAAAGAAGCAAUACCUAUCCUGCAUUUGAUAUUGAUAAAUUACCGUCCAAUGUCACUGAAACAAAACUGGCAUUUACUCCUAACACGAGUGAUGUCAGAAAUAUUAUGGAUUUAGUUGCAAAACAACUGAAGCGUCUAGCUGUUGUUGGAUUCCAAAAUGAGAAAGAAAUGCAAACAUUUUUAGUGGAUAAUGAAGAGAGGAAUAAAGAUGGAAAAAGGAUAUUCCUAGGUGGAAUUGUCUUCAAUAACACCCUCUACUCCAGAAAUAUUAUUUAUAAAAUUCGUCUAAGUUCCAAAGCAAGGAAGAAAGAGAAAACACCAUUUGGAGCAUCUCCUGCAACAUCCUGGCUCACUCAAUUUACAUUUCCAGUGUUUCAGAAACCAGGACCUCGGAAUGAAGGUAGCCGUUAUGGUGGCCCUCCAUCAUAUUAUGAUGAAGGAUUUCUAUCUCUUCAACAUGCUGUGGAUUCUGCAAUUGUCAAGCACAAAGGAAACAUUCAGACUCUGAACAAUGUAACAGUGUCAGUCAAACGAUUUCCUUCUCCUGCUUACAUUCAUGAUGAAUUUGUGUUGGUCAUACAAAGCUCUCUACCCUUACUUUUGAUGUUGUCUCUGAUAUUCACGGCCCUAAACAUUGUACAAGAUAUUGUUUAUGAAAAGGAGAAGAAACUGAAGGAGUCAAUGAAGAUGAUGGGUCUAAAUGGUUGGCUCCAUUGGUUGGCUUGGUUUACAAAGUACUUCAUAUUCCUUUUAAUCACCAUGGCCUUAGCAGCUGUUUUCUUCACUGUAAAGUUCACUGAUAGGGGUCGUGUCCUGAACGAAAGCUCACGCUCUGUAAUAUUUGUUUUCUUUCUUCUGUAUGCAAUAUCAACUAUCAUGUUCUGUUUCUGCAUCAGUGUCUUCUUCUCCAGAGCAAACAUUGCUGCAGCUGCAAGUGGGAUCCUGUGGUUCUUGAGCUAUAUCCCUUAUUUCUUUGUCCAACAGUCUUACGACACAAUGGGCUUGGGCAGUAAGCUGGCAAGCUGCCUCCUUUCAAACGUUGCCAUGUCCAUGGGUGCUCAGUUGAUUGGGAAAUUUGAAGGGGAGGGUACUGGGGUUCAGUGGUCAAAUAUCAAUCACGGGCCUUCCAUUGAUGAUGAUCUUACACUUGGCUAUGUCUUUGGGAUGUUUGUAGUGGAUUCAAUUGUCUAUGGUUUGAUAGCUUGGUAUGUUGAAGCAGUAUUUCCUGGCAAUUAUGGGGUUCCACAACCUUGGUACUUCCCUGUUUUAGCCAGUUACUGGUGUGGAAAGAACAAAGAGGUGGAAGUAGGCGAUUUUCACAAUUUACAAAAUGGCACCUGUCAUGCAACAACUGCUCCUGAGUACAUAGAAAAAGAUCCAGUUGGUUUGGAGCCAGGGGUUGAAAUACGAAACCUGAAGAAAGUUUUCUCCACUGAGAAAGGAGUGAAAACAGCUGUCAAUGGAGUGUCUCUGAACUUGUAUGAGGGGCAGAUAACUGUCCUUCUUGGGCACAAUGGGGCUGGUAAAACAACACUGAUGUCCAUGCUAACUGGACUAUUUCCUGCUACUUCUGGCUCUGCACUUGUCAAUGGCUGUUCCAUCAGAGAUAACAUUAGUGGAGUACGCAGCAGUCUGGGUCUGUGUCCCCAGCAUGAUGUGUUGUUUGAUCGUUUAACUGUUGAGGAGCACCUGUGGUUCUUUGCCAAGCUCAAGAGCUGCUCAUCCAGCCAGGCAAAAGGAGAGGUUGAUAGGAUGAUAGAGUGCAUUGGUCUGACCGACAAAAGACAAACACAGGCCCGUGCACUGUCUGGGGGCAUGAAAAGGAAACUCUCAGUUGGGAUAGCACUGAUUGGUGGCUCCAAGGUGGUGAUGUUAGAUGAACCAACAUCUGGUAUGGAUCCGUCAGCGCGUAGGUUCACAUGGGAUUUACUGCAGCAGCAUAAGGAAGGCAGGACCAUCCUACUCACCACUCACUUUAUGGACGAGGCAGACAUUCUGGGUGAUAGGAUCGCUAUCAUGGCUGAAGGAAAUGUCAAAUGUUGUGGCUCCUCUCUGUUUCUCAAGAACAAAUAUGGAGUGGGCUAUCACAUGGUCAUUGUAAAGGAGCCCUCUUGCGACGUCCCUAAGGUCACUGGUGUGGUCGCUAGUCACGUGCCUACAGCCACUGUUGAGAGUAACAUUGGAGCCGAAUUGUCUUUUAUUUUGCCAAGUGAAGCCACAGGCAACUUUGAGAAUCUCUUUCUGGAGUUGGAAACCCGCCGCAAAGAACUUGGAAUCGCCAGUUAUGGUGCUUCGGUUACAACUAUGGAGGAAGUUUUCCUCAAGGUUGGAGAGGAAAUGGACAGCAGUCUCAGCGAUAAACUUCAGCAGACUAGCAAAGGAACACCCUCAGCUAACGGUGUGCUGGAGAGUACAGCUUUGCCUGUUCCAAGCGAGAAAUCCUCCGUCUUGGCACGAAUGGGUACGUUUGGAACAUCCUCGGCCAGCUAUGGCACAUUUGGUGACUACAACAAUUACAAUCACACGUCCGGUUUCCGGCUGUUUCGUCAGCGGUGGUACGCAAUGUUUGUGAAGCGUCUUUUGCACUCCAAGCGCCAUAAGCUGGCUAUCAUAUCUCAGCUUCUACUACCUCUGGUAUAUACGCUGUUUGCUCUGAUCAGUGCCAAGACCAUUCCUCAGCCCACGGAUUCCCCUCCACUCGCUCUAUCGACGCUCAACUUCUUGAACAACGACGUUCCUUACUAUUGCGUAAACAGCACUUGCAACUUGGCAGAUAACUACACAACUCAGUGGCCUGGUGGGAGUAAGACAAAACCUGUGAAUGUCAAAGUUGAUAUGGGACAGUACCUGUUGGAUGAGCCGAAGAAAAUAGGAGUUGGCCCCUUUAACAAAAGAGACCUGAUUGCAGCCACUUUCAAGAAACAGGAGGAUAAAGUGAACGUCACUGCGUGGUUCAAUAACCAAGCAUACCAUUCCAUCGCCGUGUCUCUAGCAGCUGCCGACAAUGCCAUCUUAAGGGCUACUCUGGGCAGCAACUACUCACUAAUGACUGUUAAUCACCCGCUGCCAAGAACUGCUAAAGAAUCUGCCAAUGAUUUACAGCGCAACGGCCUCGGGUUCAAUGUCGCAAUCAACAUUCUGUUUGGUAUGGCUUUCCUGGCUUCGAGUUUCGUUGUGUUUCUUGUCCAAGAACGAUCCAAUAAAGCGAAACACGUUCAGUUUGUCAGCGGUGUGGACCCAUUUAGCUACUGGGAUUCUGCGUAUACGUGGGACUUGAUUAACUUCCUCCUCCCAACCCUCUCUAUUAUGAUCCUCGUGGCUGCCUUUGACGUGCCAGCCUAUACAGGUCUUAACCUUUUGGACGUGGCUGAUGCUCUUAAAUGGGUUUUCCUUGUCUUGCCGAACUACUGCCUCGGCCAAGGAAUUUCAGAUAUUUUCAACAACUAUAAUGCACUGUAUUACGUUGACCAGUUUUGCCGUUCCUACGCAAAGUUUUUGCCCUUGGCAAAGUGUGAAAAAAUGGCCAAAGAAUUGAUAGGCUCAGAGUUGCAGUUUCAAACCAAUUAUUUGGCCUGGGAUAAUCCAGGCAUAGGCCGAUACCUGCUUUUCUUGGCUUUGGAAGGAAUUGUUUUCUACUCGCUCGUGCUGUUGAUCGAGUAUGGCGCGCUUGGGGCCUGUGCGCGAUUUUUUAGGCGCAUACGCAACCCCUUCGCAUUUGUGAAUGUAUCUGAGGACUCCCACUUGGCUGAUGAUGACGACGUUCUGGAGGAGAAGGAAAGAGUAUUGAGGUGUACAGACAAAGAUGAUGUUCUCGUAAUCAAGGAACUUACCAAGGUUUUCUGUGGAAACGGUCGUCGUUCUCCAUUGGUUGCUGUGGACAGUUUGAGUCUCGGUGUCCCUAUGAAUGAGUGUUUUGGUCUCUUGGGAAUUAACGGAGCUGGGAAGACCACAACCUUCCGCAUGUUGACUGGUGACGAGACAAUGACAUCUGGGACAGCUCUGGUGGAAGGGUUUGACAUCAGGACCAACAUGAACAAGGUUCGACAACGCAUUGGCUAUUGUCCCCAGUUUGACGCAUUAAUCGAUCAGAUGACCGGAAGAGAAAUUUUGUACAUGUACGCACGACUGCGAGGCGUACCGGAAGUCAUGAUACCGGAUGUGGUGGAUAAUCUCAUUCAAUCGUUGCUGCUUGGAGAUCACGCUGAUAAAUUAGCCGGUUCUUACAGUGGUGGAAACAAACGUAAGCUGAGUACAGCCAUAUCACUGGUAGGGGACCCUCCAGUGGUAUUUCUGGAUGAGCCCACGACUGGAAUGGACCCAGUAGCAAGGAGACUAUUAUGGGAUGCACUGUCACGUGUACGGGCUGAUGGAAGAUGUAUCGUGAUCACGUCACACAGCAUGGAGGAAUGCGAGGCUCUUUGCACCCGACUCGCCAUCAUGGUUAACGGACGUUUCAAAUGCCUGGGAAGUCCGCAACACCUUAAAACCAAGUUUGGAGAGGGUUACACUCUGCUGGCCAGAGUAGCCAGUGGUACAUCAGACACCGGACCGCUGAAACAAUUUAUUGAAGGCACAUUUCCUGGCAGCGUGUUGAAGGACGAGCACCAGGGCAUGAUCCACUAUCACAUCCGUGACACCAAUGUAUCGUGGGCUCAGCUGUUCGGGACAAUUGAGCGGAUCAAAUUGAACUAUAAUAUUGAGGAUUACUCUGUUAGUCAGACCACACUGGAACAAGUGUUUUUGAACUUUGCGCGAGGGCAGAGAGCAGAAGACGAGUAAAUGUUUUCUUAAUGGUAAUAGAUAGCAAUUAUCGACAGAAAUUUUCAAAUUAAUAUUUUUUUUUCUGAUUUUAAUUUUUUAUUGUGAACAUUCAGUUGUUUUAUCUAAUUUUUUACCAUACGAGAGACUUGAAGAUUUUAUUACGGUUGUAGAGAAUUUAUAAGGAGAUAUUUUCACGGAGUAGUAGCCGCUAUGGUAAACGAUGGGGCGAGCUGCAACAAUGCGCGAGACCAGAAAGAAAUGCGCAUGCGGGGCUUCUUGUCAAGGAGCGCCUGUAAGCUAUUUAUUUACUUGAUACGAAAGCAAGGACUUUGCUUUAGAGCAUGAUGAGUCAAUCCAGGUUUAGCGUUGUCGCGAUAAGGGUAAACUUGUCUCUACAAUAUUUUUGGAAAUAGCGAUGACAACACUAUCUCAUAAUUGGGUUGAAAAUACGCCAUGAGAAGUGCUUCAGGUCAUUUUGACAUCCGCGUGGUAAAUGCAGCAUAAGCUUUCGUCGGUCCAUUACGAGUUUUGCUGGAAUCGCGUAAUAGCAACAACAAGUUAAUGUAACUUACAUUCAGAUUACUUCGUGGUCAGUGGAAAAGUUAGCAACCCUUUUUUUUGGUAGCUUCAAGAAAAAUGGCGUUACCAACUCUGCUGCUCACAAAGUAUAAAACGAAAGUUUUCAGUUUGAUUCAACUCAGCACUUUUCAAAAGUUACUCGUGUCAAAUCCGUUUAAAACAUCUCAAUCUUUUUUCCAUCCUUUUAUUUUUCUUGGUUUGUUCUUAUCUAUUUGAGGUUGUUCUUCUUAGUUACUGAACUGCAGUUUUUAAGUUGGCGGUGAUUUUUCCAAUUCGUCCCCAGCCUUCUCUAUGUUUUAGGUUCGACUAGCUCUACCAAAGCUUCACCCGCGCGUCCCACUCGGGUGCACUGGGCUUCCCUUAUUUGACAUUUAAAGCUAGAGAGACGACUGGGAAUGAGUCGAACCGAUUUCGAAUUUCUGAUACUACGAGUCAACAAACCACAGCAGUCAUGGAAACUCGAUGGGGAUUUCCAUUCCCUCGAUGUUUCUUCCAUGAAGGAUUUAAGAACAGUUAGAUUUAAGUAGUUAUAGGUGAAGAGUAAAAUAAAACAAAUUUAGAAGUUUUCAUUAUGAAGUUUAAAUGUAUAGGGUUCCGACAAUCUGGAGAAGUUUUAAAAAGUCGUGGUGCAUGCACACGAUAAAGAAUAAUUGGUACAUACAUAUACAAAGUUUAUUCACUGAAAUCAAGUGUGAUGAAUUAUAGGGUUUGUUUUCAAUUUUGUUAAACGUCUUUUUGUAUUAAAAGAAUUGUUCCCAA